GUGGCAUUCUUAUAACAGUCGAUGGAGAACACCGAUGAACUUUACAGCUGAAGAAAGAACAGGAAUGUUUUCUUUGGAGAGGUUUAGAGAUGUCAGCGAGCAGUUUACUGCUGCAGCUGAGGAAAUAUGUGACGAUGCUACAAGAGCUGCCGUCGAGGACGAGGCAGAGAUCGACCGUCAGCGCAGAAUAGACAUCCCACAGCAACAUGUGUGUAAGGAGGAGGAGGAUGAGCAGCAGCUCUGUCACCAGGAGAGGAAGUCCAGUCUGGACCAGGAGGAGCCAGAGCCUCCACAGAUAAAGGAGGAGCAGGAGGGAGAGUGGAUCAAACGGGAGGAGACUGACAUGUUGAUGCUGACUCCUAAGGAGGAGGAAAGUGAGCACAGAGAAGCAGAUGGACAACUUGAACACCAGCUCCUUUCUCACAACUCUCAUGUUGCUGAGAGUCAAGAUUCCAAAGAGAACAAGCAGAAAGACUCAGAGAUAACUGGAAAAUCAAAAGCAAGACAAGAGAGAGAUGCAAAACACACAGACGCCCCACAGCAACAUGUGUGGAAGGAGGAGGAGGAUGUUGAGCAGCAGCUCUGUCACCAGGAGAGGAAGUCCGGUCUGGACCAGGAGGAGCCAGAGCCUCCACAGAUUAAAGAGGAGCAGGAGGAAGAUCAGCUCAAACAGGAGGAGACUGACACAUCAGCUUUAAAUCGGCACGUUCAUAUUCACACAAGUACAAAGCCAUACACCUGUGGUACCUGUGGAAGAUCAUUCAAGCAAAAACGUUAUUUGGUUAGUCACUUAAAGAUCCAUACUGAUGAAAAACCACAUACCUGCACAAUGUGCAACAAUUCUUUCAGACAUAAACAUAUAUUGGUAAUCCACAUGAGAACACACACAGGUGAGAAACCUUACUCCUGCAGCACCUGUGAAAAAAGAUUCAGCCAGACAUCAGCUUUAAAUCGGCACAUUAAAACUCACACAGAUAGAAAGCCAUACACCUGUGGUACCUGUCGAACAUCAUUUAAAAAGAAAUAUGAUUGGAAUAGGCACUUAAAGAUCCAUACAGAUGAAAAACAACAUACCUGCACAAUGUGCAACAAAUCUUUCAGACAAAAAAAUUCAUUAAUAAUCCACAUGAGAACACACACAGGUGAGAAACCUUACUCCUGCAUCAGCUGUGGAAAAAGAUUCUGUAGGAAAUCAGAUUUGAAUCGGCACAUUAAAACUCACACAGGUACAAAGCCGUACACCUGUAGUACCUGUGGAAAAUCAUUUACACAUAAAUUUAAUUUGGACCAGCACGUAAGGAUCCAUACAGGUGAAAAACCACAUACCUGCACAAUGUGCAACAAAUCUUUCAGACAUAGAAGUAAGUUGACACUCCACAUGAGAACACACAAAGGUGAGAAACCUUACCUGUGCAGCACCCGAGGAAAAAGAUUCAAUCAGAAAUUAUUUUUAAAUCGGCGCAUUAAAACUCACAUAGGUACAAAGCCUUACAAUAAAGUAUCCGGUGGCGGACUUCGCCAGAGUGGAGGAGUUUUCACAGCAGUGAGACGUGACGUGCAGCCGAGCAUCCUCACCGCCUUCAGUAUGGACGGAUUGAAACCACCCCAAACAUUGUGCCUGGACUCCAGGGAUCUUUCGAGGACAUGGAAGACCUGGAGGGAAGAGUUCAUGCUUUAUGUGGACUUGACGGUGCCUGCCGAUGAUGAGGAGAAGAAGGUGAAACUUUUCAGGUAUCUGGUUGGCGAGAGCGGGCGGGAGCUACUCGACACGUUAAUGGGCGAUGUAGCAGGGGAUGCAUGGAGGUUGGAUGACAUUAUCGAAAAAUUCGACCUUCAUUGCAACCCUAGCAUUAAUGAGACUGUGGAACGCUAUCGUUUCUUCACGAGACAGCAAGGUUCAAGUGAGAACAUUGACAGCUACGUCACAGAGCUGAAGUUGCUUACAAAAACGUGCAACUUUGGGACCUUCAGAGACUCACUUAUUCGAGAUAGGAUCGUGUGUGGACUUCACGACGCGGGGAUGAGAGAGCGACUGUUGAGGGAGAAGAAUCUGACGUUGGACACAUGCAUACAGCUUUGCAGGGCAGCAGAGUUGUCCCGGGAGAACAGUGAGGCCAUCACGGGACCCAAGGUGGUGGAAGUAUAUACAUUACAAGGAGCAUUGCACCAGGGACAAAAGCGUGAGUCAACAGAAUACGUCCCACAGCAACAUGUGUGUAAGGAGGAGGAGGAUGAGCAGCAGCUCUGUGACCAGGAGAGGGAGUCCAGUCUGGACCAGCAGGAGCCAGAGCCUCCACAGAUGAAAGAGGAGCAGGAGGAAGAUCAGCUCAAACAGGAGGAGACUGACACAUCAGCUUUGAAUCAGCCAAUUCGUACUCUCACGGGUACAAAGCCGUACACCUGUAGUACCUGUGGAAGAUCAUUCAACCAUAAAUGUCAUUUGGGUAGACACAUAAAAAUCCAUACAGGUGAAAAAUCACAUACAUGUACAAUGUGCAGUAAAUCAUUCACUCAUAAAAGUAAUUUGACAGUCCACAUGAGAAGACACACAGGUGAGAAGCCUUACUUCUGCAGCACCUGUGGAAAGAGAUUUUUUCAGAAAUCAGAUUUGAAUCAUCACAAUCUUACUCACACAGGUAUAAAAGUGUACACUUGUGAUACCUGUGGAAAAUCUUUCUCGCAAAAAUGGCAUUUGCAAAGUCACUUAAAUAUCCAUACAGGUGAAAAACCACAUACCUGCACAAUGUGCAACAAAUCAUUCAGUCUUAAAAGUAAUUUGACAACCCAUAUGAGAACUCACACAGGUGAGAAGCCUCACCCUUGCAGCACCUGUGGGAAAAGAUUUGGUCAGAGAUCAGAUUUGAAUCUGCACAUUCGUACUCACACGGGUGAAAAGCCAUACAUGUGUGGUACCUGUGGGACAUCAUUCACACAGAAAGGUUCUUUGGACAGACACUCAAAGGUCCAUGCAGACAAUAAUGCACAAACUUCCUAAACAUGUGUCAGCUCUGUCAGAAUUCUCUUUCUUAGACUUAAAGAAGCCAAACUUGACCAUACUGAUCCAAGACAGUUUGGCACAUUGAGUUUACGUUUGUAUGAAAUGUGCUAUAUAAAUAAAAUUGAA